CCAGCUCUCGAGCCCGCCCGCCCACCGCGCGCCACUCCACACCGGGAGCAGCGCGUGAGGAUGAUGCCAGCCAGAGAUAGAUGGAUUGGCGAGGGAGGAAAAAAACCUGCACAGUGACACAACUAGAGUAAAGAGGAGGCGGUUGUUGAGUGAGAGUAAAACUGAGAGAGUUACGGAACAAAGGACAAAUAAAGAGGAACAGGAAAUAGCCGGAGACCCGCUGCUGGCUGGUUCCCAUCUGCCCGCACCGAUGUCCGAGGCCCGCCCGGUGCCAGCUGAACACAGUCGACCGAGGCAGAGCACACAGGAACGGCAACUGGAGUGGAAAGCUUCGGGGAGCGGACACCGCUGGAGCUCUUGUCUGUGACUGAGACUCUAUGCAAGGACAUUGCAGCUCGUUGUUAUUACUAUUCGAGUGGAAGUGGCUGUGUCCUGUGAUAGAUCGGUGACCUGUUUUGCUGUCCAGAGUGCUUCCAGAAAAAAAUGUUCACAGUUCUAUGGAUUAUCCAGAGCAACAGGUGAUGGAUUCCCCCACAGAUCUUUUCGAUGAAUCUGCUCCCCAGAUACACGCAUUUGCUCCCACUCACGGCUCUACAGAUCUCCCUGGAGCUCAUCCUCAGCCAAGUGCAGGUCGCCCUCCUCCUGCCUUUAGACCCCCUGGCUUCCCCCUCAUUCACCACCUCCUCCAGCCGGGUGGAGCCCCCAGGAGGAUUGGUGGCCAACUCAACACAAACCUGAGCUCACACAGACAUGGACUGGAAGACAGAAAUUUGGAGGAAGACAGAGCAGAGAGGGAUGGGCAGGUGGAGCAAGGGAUGGAAGGGGAGGAAGGAGCGACGGAGGGGGAGGACAGCUUGUUGGGGGUUAAGAAGAGACACAGUGACGCCACUCUUGCAGCCGAGUGGGGUCAAGACGUCCUGAAGGUGAAGAGGAUGAAGCUGGAGAGCCGACCAAGAGAUGGAGAGGCAGAGGAGGGAGGCAGGAGGCGCGAAGGAGGGAGGGAGGGUAAGAGAAGAGAGAGGGAGGAGCUGAAAGAACAGCUGGAGGAGGCAAGAGAGAGACUGCAGGCCCUGCAGGAGAAAGUAUGGAGGGCCUUUGGGGAAAAGCACAUGGCAGAAGAGGAGAAGAAAAGGAGGCAUAGCAAUAGAGGAGGAGGAGAUGGAAGAGAAAAAGAUAUGGGGAUGAUGGAAGAGGUGGACAUUACAGAAGGGAUGUACGAUGAAGAGGACAUUGAGGGUGGAGAGAUGGAAAAGGAGACUUUCUCCCUUCUUUCUGUUUCCCCUUUUGACAACUUUCACAAACGGAGAGAAGAGAGGCAAAAAGACAGAGAAGGGAGGAUGGAGAGAGGAAGAGAAGGAGGCUUGCACCUGGAGGGCGUGAUGGAGGGAGCGGGGUUGUGGUUGGAUUGUGGAGGACUAGUAAGGGGAGAUUGGCACGGAGGAAUAGAAGACGAGGGCGAGGAAGGAGGGCAGAAGUUUGCCCAGGCGCUGAAGCUGGAGUUGGGCAGCGCAGUGGCACGAGUCAUUGAUCGAGUUCUCCGCCUUUACACCGAGAUGACAGAUUUCGCUCCUUCCUCUCCUCCUGCUGCCAUCUCUUUCCUCCCGUCUGACGCAGGAAACGACGGUGGGAGGGAGAGGGGAGUGUGGAUGGGACUGUUGAGAAGAGGGGAGGAAAAAACGAGAGGUAAGGAGGAAAAGACGGGAGCGCAGGAUGGAGAAAGAGAGAAGCAGCUCCAAAAAAUGAGCAACGGGAGUGCCGUGCCUCCUGGUCAGCCUCAUCGCACUGAAGCAUCAGAUAUGGCCAUGCCAUUGGCUGUUCAAAGGUCAUCUGACAUACGAAAAGCCCACCCGCUCCUUGGCCCACCUCUCUCUGCUCACCUUAAUCCCUCUCACCCCAACCUCUCCCUUCAUCACCCUUCUCUACCUCGCCCUCCUCCUCUUUCUCAUCCUCCCCUCUUGCCUCCAGCCUCCCAACCCAAGGACCCCUCCUCAUCCUUCCACCCAUCCUCAUCCUCCUCCUCUUCUUCCUCCUCUUCCUUCCCAGCGCCUCCCCCUCCUCCUCCUCCCCCUCCCCCUCUCCCUCUCCCACUUCUCCACUACUCCAUGCAGCAGCUCUUCUCUCGCUCUCUUCACCACCCUCAGCUCCCCCACCUCCCCCCGUCCCGCAAGGACUAUUUGAACUCCGACCCUUUCUUGGAGUUCUCGUCUCACCCCUCAUCUCACCCCUCUUUCCCACCGCUCCCCUUGCUCGGCCACCUGGACCCCUCCCUUGCGCGCCACGCUCACGGAGGCAGAGAGAGGGAGAGAGGGAUGAGGGGAGACGGAGGGAUGAGAGGAGGUGGAGGGAUGGACGGCGGGGAGCUCUACCUGACAGCUGGGGGAUGGCCUCAUGUAUACACCCAGGAGGGCUUGUCUCCCUGCCAUCUGAAGAAAGCCAAGCUCAUGUUCUUCUACGCACGCUAUCCCAGCUCCAAUACACUGAAGACUUACUUCCCUGAUGUCAAGUUUAACCGCUGUGUGACCUCCCAGAUGAUUAAAUGGUUCAGUAACUUCAGAGAGUUCUUCUACAUCCAGAUGGAGCGCUUUGCACGACAGGCUGUCCGCGAGGCCCUCACCCGGGAAGGUGCACCACGUCUGGGCAGAGAGAGUCAGCUGCGAGUGGGCCGAGACACAGAGCUUUACCGCAUACUGAACAUGCACUACAAUAAAAGUAACGUCUAUCAGGUCCCAGAGAGGUUCAUCGAGGUGUCCGAGGUGGCUCUGAGGGAGUUUUAUUCAGCCAUUUGGACUGGGAGAGACAGCGACCCCUGCUGGAAGAAAGGGAUCUAUAAGAUUAUCUGUAAGCUUGACAGUCCUGUUCCAGAUGCUUUCAGACUGCCUGGCUGUCCUGUCGGCUGACGAUCGAAACAUCAUCUACAUCUGGUACAUGUAUACUGCAUGCAUAAAAACACAAACUUACUGGAAGUAGUGAAUUUUUUUAAAGCGUUCACAAACUGUUCGUCACAACAAUUCCACACUGUGAGGACUGGUAUGAGGAAAUCCAUUUAAUUCUACAGUUCGGUUCAUUCAUUAUUCAUUCAUUUUAGGGGAAAAAAUCAUGUAAGAUAAUAAAAGGAUUUUGCUAGACACCAUGUGCAGGGAAACACACAUACAUGCUUACAUGGACAGAGACACAUAGGGGUCAGUAGUAGACUGACACACUCAGUGCUGCGAUAAGAGUCUUGUGACUGCACUUAUCGAGGAACGUGACCAUACCAUUGAAUUACAAUGGACAGAGCAGGAAUUCCCUUUCCAAACAUUCCUCACCAGUCAGUUGACUUGUGAAAUCACAGUGCUGCUGCACAGCUUUGAUAAAAACAUGUCAUGAAAAUAAGAGUUGCUGCAGCCAGAAGCUGGAAUUGACUGAAAUAUGCAGAUUUGCUGUGUGUGGUUUGUUACCAUGAGAUGGCUACUGUUUCAGAUUGUGUUAUUAAAAUUUGUGAGCAUCGUGCCCUGGCUACACAUUCACAUGGAAAUAUUAUAUGCAUUCCCUGGCAGCCCCUUGUAAAUUAUUGCAGUCCACAAAAAGAAAGCAUUCUUUGCAUCCCCUCAGUAAUCAAAUGUACUGCUGGCAGCUGUUUACCAAGCAUGGGCACUGCACAAAUAUAAGUUUCAAAUACUUUCAGACAAAGAGUCCACAACUUGAGUACAUACCAAAUUUCUACAGAUUAGGUGCCCUCAUUGUCUCUUUCACUGUGAGCAGAGAGCAGUGCUCCCACUCGGAGAAUUCCAGCUUCCUGGUAAACAAAAAGCAGUCAUUUUGCUGUGUAAUCAUUAGCAGUCUUGGACAAACAGCACCCUGCUAUCACACCCAAAUAUUUCACUGCUGCUCUCCCUCAGGGGUGUUCACAGUUUUACAUUAGAGACUUGUCACAACAUCAAAUAUGAUUGUUGUUUGCUAGAAAUGAACUGUUACUGUUGCCUUGUGCGUGGGCUUCUCUGAAGUACCUUUUUUGUUCAGCGCGCCCCACAGCUUUUUACAUUUUAGAUACUGAUUUUUUCCCCCUCCAUGGCUGUGAGGAUGCUUUCCUCGAUACAAGGUUGUCAUUUUCCUAUCCACUGGAGAAAUCAGGCUUGAAAUUCCUCUUGAAUUCUUGAAAUAAAACACAAGGACCAAACGUAAUUCAUGUUACAUAAUAUAUUACAACUGUUUGGUUAACUGCAAGAUUUUAAAAAAAUGACGUUGCCCUUGUUUUAGAGAACUUGUUUUCAGUCAGUGGAUUUAUUUUCUUUUUAUAGCCAUCUUUUUGCUUAUGUAUAUGAUGGCACAAUGUAAUCAAACUGUAAUUAAAAUUCUGCCAAGAGGGACAAUAUAUUGAAUUUAAAAUAGUAAAAAAUUAAUGUUUUGUUGUUUCCUUGAUGUACUCCUAUUGUUGAAAUAUUCACUUCUGUUUUUGUAUUCCUUUAAUGUGAUGCUAAACUAAAUAGGCCGGUUGCACAGUUAGUAUAUCUUGACAUUUGUUCCUCAAAGUUAUUGCGGAAACUUUGACUCUAUCUACUGUAUAUCAUGACUCUUUUAUCUAGAAGGAGCUUGGGUUUCUGUUCAUGAAAAUGUUGGUUGGCUGCUUCAGAUAAAGCCCUCCUCUGGCUCUGCGAGACCGAGCCCAUAUGUAAACUUUUUGUGACGUGUUUUCAAGUGCAUGUUUCCUAUCUUUGCAUUACAUUUUGUAUUGUAAUCUCUUAUGUUUCUCUCAUUGCUUUUAUUUGUCUCUCUUUUAUAUUGUAAAUAAUGUGCCUCAUUCGAACUUUGGUGAAUUUUGAUGUUUAAACUUAUCAGUGAAUUAAAGUGAUACCAGGC